AUGGGAGCUCGAUAUGGAGGAUUAAAUCCUAUAAUUUCAGUUCAGUUAUGGAAGCGGAUUGGUAUCCCAAAGAUGUUGUACGGUUCCGAGCUCUGGCAAUUGAAUUGUAAUGACAUCGUUGAACUGGAAAAAGUGCAAAAUAUCACGGUGCGUAUUAUGCAGGGGUUAUUACCUGGAAUAUCAGGGUCUGCUGCGCGAGGGUUGCUGGGCUUACCACCAAUCGAAGCUGAAGUCGAUAAACGGAAAUUGUAUUUUCUGGGACGACUUAUACUAAUGAGUCAUGGUGUUCCGUGCAGAAAGAUCUUCCUCAUGCGAUUAAUACGUUGGAAGUGGAACCAUACAAACACCUUAAAAGGAUUCAUUCCAAACAUUGUACGAAUUCUUUUGAAAUAUGAUCUCAUGGACUUUCUAACAGGGUAUAUGUUAUCCGAUCAAUUUCCAAGCAAAUCUGCAUGGAAGAAAAUUGUUAAAAAACAUAUAUACGAGUACUAUAACAAUAUCUGGCAAGAAAAAAUAAGUACGCAUGGUCAACUAAAACUUUAUGCAGAAGUUCAUCCUGUGAAUGAAAUUUCACCAUGGUGGUUAAUAUCUAGAAUGAAACCGGACUUUAUGAAACAAAUUAAUGAUGUUCUAAGACUACUCUGUGGAUCUUUCAAAAUUAAAGGAAAACGGAUGAACAAACCAGAAACUUAUAGAGACUAUUGUAAUGUUUGUAAUAGCAAUUUCUUAAAUCCUGUGAAGCAUGCAUUACUUUAUUGUAAUGGCACAAGCCAAUCAAGAGAAGAACUAUGGGAAUGGAUAAACGAUACUAUGCCAAUCGAAAUGGCAGUACAUUUAGCAAGUUUGACAGACAUGGAAUUUCUCUUAGUUAUAUUAGGUAAAAAGUCAGAAGUAUUAUGUGCAAACACAGACAUAUGGACGGAGCUAUUGCUGAAAUCUGCAAGUUAUGUUUCCUUUUGUUAUAGGAGUAAUUUAG